AUGGAAGAACUUGAACGAAAAGCUAGUGUAUUAAAAAAAAUCUCCGGUCAUUUAUUUAACCUCAGCAAUAUAUUCGAAAUUAGUCCGAAUGCAAACCAAAUAGAUUUUCUAAGACCUUUUCGUCAAAAACUUUUUGUACGCUAUGGUUAUAAUCCAAACCUUCUUACCAAUCAAUCUCAUUUCAUUGAUCUUUUUCGCGAACAACUGUCAAAAAAAGAAUUUUCAAUCAAAAUCGAUUUAACAUCCGUUUUAGAAGAAUGCCGAGAAAAUUCUUAUUUAAGAUCCGCAUUGAAAAGCCAGUACAUCGAAGCAGUCAAUAAAACACAAAGCCUAGCAACAGCUCAAUGUCAUAAAUACAAAAUUGCCUUCUUGCAAAAGUAUUUUCUCUUGCCAUCCGGGGAUACAGCACAUGUUCAACGAAUACUUUUAAAAAUAGAACAAAAUUUUGAAUCCUUACUGUUACAAACAAUUAAUAGUUUUCGGAAUGCCAUUCGUUUUCAAUUUACCGAAUUUUUACUUGUACAGCGCCCCAUAAAGUCUCCAGUUACCGCCACUGGCCGCUUCACUUUUGAAACUACACAAAUAUUAGAGGAAUAUUUUGUAGAAAAGAGUGCUCGAUUAAAUAAAGAUCAAAAACGUGAGCUAAGCUCUCAGACGGGUUUAACAGUAAAACAGAUAGAAACAUGGUUUAAUAAUCGAAGAAGUCGCUCACCUAAAGAUCCGAAUUGUGAUGAAGAUACUUUGGAAUUUCUUAAUAAAAAAAUUGAUUGGAAGGAAAAGUUUAAUAAUAUUGAAAAGGGAAUAAUGGACUCGGAUUGGAAAUACCUAGAUGAUAAUACUUCAACUCUACACGCCGAUACUUCGAAUCAAUCAGAAUAUAAUAUCGUUUCUCAAGUCACGACUAUUGACGAAACACGGAAAAAUACAACUGCGCCUUAUUCAAAAUCUUCAUCUCCAAGAACAAAAAAUCGCUCGAUAAAUCACAAUGUAAUUAGUCAAAACCUCAAAGAUGGUAACUUUAAUGCUUCAAUUCACAGUAAUACAAUGAUAAGCGACGCGACGCAUGAACCUCCAAUUGAUUUUGCAAUAGCAAAUAAUAAUCCAAUAAUUGAUACGUCUUUUAUAAAGUCGAACAACUUGAAAGUGUCACAUCGUCCAAAUAAAUACGCUGCCUGGAAAAAAGGUGGAAGAAUUAGAUAUCAAAGAGAAUACUUGAGUUUGAAAAUUAUAGUAAAGCCUGGAAAACAAAAUCUGGUUUAA